AUGUACCGAACAUUUCAUUUCAGUCUCUAUCGUAGCUUCCUUUGUACUACAACCAUCCUUGAUGCAAUAAAACAAACAGUUGAUCCUGCAACCAAAGUUGUCUACAAUGAAAAUCCUGAUUCUAAUUUUAUCAAGUCAAACAAAUUUUCCUAUGCUAUAGUCAUUGUGGGAGAGCCACCUUAUGCCGAAACAUUUGGUGACAGUUUAAAUCUAACCAUAGCUGAGCCAGGUCCAAGAACCAUCACCAAUGUAUGUGGCUACAUUCAGUGUGUAGUUGUUCUUGUCACUGGACGCCCGGUUGUGAUUCAGCCAUAUCUAUCAAAAAUUGAUGUACUUGUAGCUGCAUGGCUUCCAGGCACCGAAGGCCAAGGUGUUGCCGACGUUCUGUAUGGUGACUUUGCAUUCACUGGGAAGCUGGCAAGGACGUGGUUCAAGACAGUUGACCAGCUACCAAUGAAUGUUGGUGAUAAACAUUAUGAUCCUCUAUUUCCAUUUGGAUUUGGGUUGACGACUAACCUUACAAAGUAUUAG